AUGCAGAUACCGGCGGAUGGCUGGGUCAGAAACGCGCUUAUGUGGGCAAUGUGGAGCCUGUAUAUUUGUUUGGCCAUGGCACUAACACUUGGACGUAGCGAUGGCCCAUCGGGGCAGGGGUUCUCGAGCUUGAGAGUGGAGAAUCUCUUGUCCAAGAUGACCCUGGAAGAUAAGGUGGGACAAAUGACCCAGGUCGAUAUCGGGAUGUUCGUCGAUCCCGAGACGGGCGUGUUAGACGAACAGAAACUUACGGUCUUCGUCACUCGGUACCGCAUCGGCUCGUUGUUCAACACGCCUUUCGCCGGCCACUCUGGGAGCUGGGAGGCAUCGAAGUGGCGACAGGUCGUCCGGCGCGCCCAGCAGAUCGCAGAGGGUGCCGGGAGCAAACUGCCCCUGUUGGUCGGCUUAGAUUCUGUUCACGGAGCCAACUACGUAGAGGGGGCAGUGCUCUUCCCGCAGCAGAUCAACCUCGCUGCCACUUUUAACCCCGCGCUGGCCCGCGAGGCCGGGCGUGUAGCCGCCAGAGAUAGCCGCGCCGCGGCGGUCCCCUGGCUGUUCGCACCUAUCCUCGGGCUCGCAACGCAGCCGCUGUGGGCUCGGGUGUUCGAGACCUUCGGGGAAGACCCCUUCCUCACCUCGAGGAUGGGGGAGGCGCUGGUAAAGGGCAUCCAGGCGUCGCAGGAGUGGGGUAGCGGGGACUCGGACGAUGGGGAGCCCCUGCGUGCCGCCGCGUGCAUGAAGCACUUCUUGGGGUACAGCCACCCCACCUCGGGGCACGACCGUUCUCCGAGCCGCAUCCCGGAGCAAGAGCUGCUGGAGAUGUAUCUGCCGCCGUUUCAGGCAGCUGUGGACGCGGGCGUUUCUUCCGGCAUGGAGAGCUACAACAGCCUCAACUCCAUCCCGCUGGCGUCCUCUCGAAGGUACCUAGUCGACAUCCUACGGGGCCGGCUGGGAUUCCUGGGCAUGUUGGUCACGGACUACGCGGAGAUCGCCAACCUGGAGCACCACCACCGCGUCUCGGCCGGCCAGGAGGAGUCGGUGUUCAUGGCCAUGGAGGACACGAGCAUCGACAUGUCCAUGGUGCCCCUGGACGCGAGUUUCGCGGAGACUCUGCUGAGGUUGGUGCGCGACGGGACUGUGUCGAACAACCGGAUAGAGCGGUCGGUGCGGAGGGUCCUCGCCUUGAAGGAAGUACUGGGGCUCCUCGACUCUCCCGUACCGUCAUUGCAGUCCCCGCUGCUGGGAAAGAUAGGGAGUCAAGAGGACCAUGAGGCAGCUCUGCAGGCGGCCAGGGAAUCGAUCACCCUGCUCAAGAAUGGACACGUGCCCACGAAGGGAGAAGAAGAGGAAGAGUCGGUUAAGGCCCUGCCGUUGGAUCCGUCGAAGGGUGGCAAGCUGCUAGUGGUGGGGCCGGCCUGUGACUCGUUCACGCUGCAGUCGGGGGGCUGGACCAAGCACUGGCAGGGUGCUUCGAAUCCGGAAGAGUUUUCUCCCGACGAAGGGUUGACAAUCCUUCAAGGAGUUCAAGGGUACCUGGACGGAUCCCUGGAGAUAGGGGUCGGCGAAGAGGGAGAAUCCCCUACUGCUGUGGUCGAAGAGGAGGAAGGAGGGGACCAGCCUUCCAUAGAGGUGGUCUACAAGAAGGGCAUACGCGUGGACGGUUCUAACGAGCCAGACCGAGAUGCUGCUCUUAGCGAGGCGUUUUCGGCGAAUGCGAUCCUGGUGUGCGUCGGCGAGUCCGCAUUUGCCGAGAAGCCGGGGGACAUCUCUGAGCUCGAGCUGCCGCAAGGCAUCUCGGCGUUCGUGAAAGACCUGAGAAAGGUAUCGGACGAUAGGACCCCCAUCAUCUUAGCGCUGCUGGAGGGCAGGCCGAGAAUCUUGAGGGACAUUCCCCGCACGGUGGAUGCUGUGCUGCACGCGUACCUGCCUGGGCCUGCUGGAGGGCAAGCGGUGGCGGAGGUGCUGUUCGGGUCCGUCAACCCUUCGGGCAGGCUGCCGAUCACGUACCCCCGACAUUCUGGGAACAUUCCUAUGCCGUACCACCGUCCGGUCAGCGACACAUGCCAGACGAAGGACGGGGAAGGUCAGUGCGACGUUGAGUGGUGGUUCGGCGAGGGGUUGAGCUACACGACCUUCGAGUACAUUGCCCUCAAGGUGGAGCCGAGGAGGAUCCACGAUGGCCAAGCCUUCCGGGUGAGCUUGCUGGUGAAGAACACGGGAGAUAAAGCGGGAGACGACUCGGUCUUGCUGUUCGCGACGGACCUGGUGCGAAGGGUGGAGCCACGCUACAAGCUGCUCAAGGGCUUCGACAAGAUCAGGCUCGAGCCGGGAGAGGCUAAAAAGGUGACUUUCAAGCUGACGUCGAAGGAUCUGGAGUAUGUGGGAGCUAACUUGCGGCCGGUUCUGGAGGCGGGCGAUUUCCUUUUCGGAGUGGGGCCCGCGGCGGACUGUCGGGCCGACCCGGACAGUUGCGCCGCGUUGACGGUUACGGUUUCGGACAGCUAUCAGCCCGCCUGCCAGGCCGCCUGUGGGUUGUGGUUUCCCCCUGACGAUGCGGCUCCUGGUGGCUACGUCUGUCCCCGCGAGGCCGCUCUGGCCUUUGGCAGCGAAGCCGACUGCGUGGAAGAGUGUGUUGAGGCGGAGUGGGGGUGGGGCUACGUCUCUUGCCUCGAGCAGGCGGUUUGGACGGGAACGUGCUCGUUCAACCAGCAGUGCCGGGCUGUGGGUUACGCCGCCGUUCCCCCCCCAGAGCCGAGGGGCUCACACCACGCCAGGGGAAGAAACUCCUCCCUCAUCACCAACAUCGGGGGCGGCAUGCGCCCCCGUGCCGGUAGCGUAGACCUCGCUGUAGGCGUGGGCGCAGGCCUUUGCCUCGGCGCCGCCGCCAUGUUUGUCGUGCUCAUGACGAGAUUCCGGCGGACUCCGCGCUGGCGACAGCACCAGAGACACGGGCAGGGUGCCCGUGGCUUCGGCUACGACGGGGUUAGGUUACACGGGGGGGGUGGGGGUGGGGGCGGGGGAGGGGGGGGGGGGGGCUCGACGUGGCCCCGCCGAAGGAGUGGGUUUCCCAUGGGGAGGGGGAAGGGCAGGGCGGGGCCGAAGGAGGUGGGCGCUAGAGCUCGGCCGGGUGGGGUUCGAGUACGACGGGGAUGA